AUGGCUACCGGAAAACGAAGCCGCUGUUGUGGAGCAUCACAAGCUAAUUACCCGAAUCAUGCCAAUACAGAAACGUCCACCUAUGAAUGGGAACAAUCAGAACGAGCUCAUACUCUUAUCGUUUCUCCUCCUCCAGGGCUUAAGAGGGAGCACUUAACGGUGACAGUUGAGGGUGUCCUCAAGAUUCAGGGACGGCGCAGUAAUGACCGAACCUCGACCCAUUUCAACAAGGAAUUCCCAAUUCCAAAGGACUGCAUCAUGGAAGAAAUCACUGCCAAGUUUGAGAGAGGAAGAGUUUCCGUUUCAAUGCCCAAGACUAUUACUCUUAACACCAAAGCCACCACCAUCACCACAACUUCUAAAUCUGCCAUUGAGACUACUGCUCGAGCCAUUACCUCAGCCAUGGCACCCCAAUCCCCUAGAGCUGCCACAGGAAGCCGCGGUGGUAGAGCAUCACAAGCUAAUGACCCGAAUCAAGCCAAUACGGAAAUUGAAUGGAUAGAAGAAGCAGGAGCUCCUACUCUUCUCUUUUAUCCUCCUGAUGGUUAG